UUACAGCUGGGACUGUUUAUGUCAACCUGACUGGCAGUGGAGUGGCUGUUUUUCCUCGCCUCACGGAUUCUCUCUCCUCCGUGUAUCUGCUUGUAGUCUUCCUUUACGCGAGAUCCUCUUCUGCCGAGCUCGUAUCGUUUAUGAAUCAAUUAUCUGCGCGAAAUCCGUUCUGACAAAAUAUUUACAUAUUUGAGGUGGACUGUAAAAUACUCCUAUAUUGGAGCGAGAGAGACCAGGCAAAGGGAAGUGUAUCCAACAUACUCGUUUCCAAAUGGAUGGGAUGAAACCAGAAACGACGGCUGAGGAGAAUCAGGAUGAAAGGGAAGAAAGCAAAGGCUGCUUCGAGUGUUGCAUCAAGUGUCUGGGUGGUGUCCCUUACGCCUCUUUGGUGGCCACCAUCUUGUGCUUUUCGGGUGUUGCUCUGUUCUGCGGCUGUGGGCAUGUGGCACUUACGGGCACUGUGACCAUGGUGGAAAACCACUUUUCUCACGUCACCUCUGACCAUGCUACUCUCACUGAUGUGGUUCAGAUUUUGCAGUACAUCAUCUAUGGAAUCGCCUGUUUCUUCUUCCUGUAUGGCAUCAUCCUGUUGGCUGAAGGCUUUUACACCACCAGUGCUGUCAAAGAGAUGCACAGCGAGUUCAAGACCACUGUGUGUGGACGCUGCAUCAGUGCCAUGUUUGUGUUCCUCACCUACAUUCUGGGCUUGGGAUGGCUGGGCAUCUUUGGCUUCUCUGCGGUGCCCGUUUUCCUGUUUUAUAACAUGUGGACCACAUGUGGAGCCAUGAAGUCCCCUAUUGCCAAUCUCACCUCUGUGGACAACAUCUGUGUUGAUGUGCGGCAGUAUGGAAUCAUCCCAUGGAACGCUACUCCUGGUAAAGCCUGUGGCUCCACGCUAAGCGACAUCUGCAAUACUAGUGAGUUCUAUCUGUCCUACCAUCUUUAUAUUGUUGCCUGUGCUGGAGCUGGAGCCACUGUGAUCGCACUGCUCAUCUAUGUGAUGGCCACAACGUAUAACUUUGCAGUGUUGAAGUUUAAGAGCUACGACCACAGUCACACCACUAAGUUUUGAGCUUUUUGUAUAAGGGCAACUGCAAAGUCUGUGAAAGUUGCUCUCAGAGACAGAAAGAUAGAGGGAGGACCUGAGUGAGUAAAAGAGGUCAGGAAAAAGGCAAAGGAGAGAAAUAAAUUGAGAGUUCAUAGCAUGGGCCUUGAUGUAUAGACAGUGUAGUGCAUAUUAAUGGUAAUGUCUAAUGUUCAAUUAAUUUGUAUCUUUGUGUUUCUAUACUAAUUUGACAAGGUGUGAUCUCUUGACAAAACAAGGACAAUACAUCAUACUCACUUAAUGUUUUACAUACAUUUUUACCUAGGUACCAAUUCAUAUAAAGUAUAGCACCCAUGACCAAUCCAGAAUAAUGUAGCUUAUUUACAGUUUAAGAGAAAACGACUUUAGUAGUGAGAAUGUAACUCUCUGUUAGUCCAACAACACCUAAUGGACAGGAUUAAAACUAGAAAAUAAUACUAUUUGGUAAUGAUGUCUCUCCAUUGGAUCAUAUCCACCCUGAGGCACCCGUAGUCCAGAACCCAGCCAGAUAGAAAAGAGAAGUGAAGUACAGUAGAUGAGAAUUGCUGUUGUGAAAGGUAUUAAGAAUGUUGUGUUUAUGCUCAUAAACAUUUAUUCUAUGCUACAUGUACCUGUGAAGGGUGUGACUGUACUUUUAACUCUUUAUGAGAUGUUUUUCGGUCAUGGAAUUGACUCUAAAAAUGCUAUUGUUUUUCAGAGCCUUUGUUUUUAGAUUCAUCGGACUACUACCUAGUCUAAUAUUAUGUUUAAUAUUGAAUUCAGACAGCAUUUAGUUUUUGCCUUUUGUAUUAUUCUCAAAGCAGUAUAGUUCCUGUUUUCAGAAAUAAUCAGAAAUAAACAAUUAUUGUGGAGA